AUGAUCUCCGAUGAUAUUCGUUUGGGUGAUAUAAUUGUUGAUGGUGAUAGUGGUGAUAUAGUCCUUAUUGGAUUUCCAUAUGAUGAAGGUGUACGAAGAAAUAAUGGACGAGUUGGAGCACAACAAGGUCCAGAUUCAUUUCGUCAAUUAUUAAAACGAACAGGAACUGUUGUUAAUGCUGAAUAUGAUGAUUUAGAUAUACGAAAAUAUUUAAAAAUUUCUGAUGGAGGAAAUAUUAAUGCUGAUUUAACUUUAGAAGAAGCUCAUAAACAAUUAGAAGAACGUAUUCAACAAUUAAUUGCAAAAGGAAAAAUUCCAUUUGUUGUUGGAGGUGGAAAUGAUCAAUCUUAUCCUAAUGCUUCAGCUUUAUUAAGCAACUCGAAAUCA